AUGUCACAACGCACUCCGUCGACCCGCAAGAGCGUGGGUCAAGAACCUGUCACGUCUGUAUUGCCUGAGGGCGACAUACCUUUUGAUCCAAAACAUUCCUGGAACCAAGAUGAAGAAACACUAGCUGCACUGGGUUACAAGCCAGAGUUCAAGCGCGAGUUCAAUCUCUGGACUACUNUUUGCGUCAGUUUUGCUGUAUUGGGUCUGUUGCCCAGCUUUGCCAGUACGUUGUACUAUGGCAUGGGAUAUGCUGGGACUGCUGUCGCCAUGAUAGGCAUCCAAUCCGUCGCCGCCUCAAUGGCAGAACUCUGCUCCUCGAUGCCUACUAGCGGCGGCUUGUACUACAGCUCGGCCGUACUUGCCCCUGCUGGUUGGGGCCCUCUCGCCGCAUGGAUAACAGGCUGGUCCAACUGGCUAGGCCAAGUCACCGGCGCACCCUCUGUCAACUACGGCACUGCUGCCAUGACUUUAGCCGCAGCCUCCAUCGUCAAUCCCUCGUUCACACCUCAGAACUAUCAGGUGUAUCUUCUGACAGUGCUGUUGAUGGUCAUUCAUGCUUGUAUGGCUAGCCUGCCCACCAAGACCAUUGCUCGCGUCAACAGUUUUGGCAGUUCGUUCAAUAUUGUUGCGUUGAUUGUUGUGUUAAUACUUAUUCCUGCGGGAACGAAUAGGCAAGAGAAAGAUUUGCCUAGGUUCGCGCCCAGUAAAGAGGUUUGGGGUGAUAUCUAUACUGGCACGGAUUUCCCUUCUGGCGUUAGCGUCUUGAUGAGUUUUAUUGGUGUCAUUUGGAUGAUGAGUGGCUACGACUCACCCUUUCAUCUAGCGGAAGAAUGCAGUAAUGCCGCCAUUGCUUCCCCUCGCGCAAUGUUCCUCACCUCAGCUGUGGGCGGCACCUUUGGCUGGUUCCUCCAACUCGUGGUCGCAUAUACCGUCAUCUCUAUCCCUGACGCCUUGUCCUCUGACCUCGGCCAACCCUUUGCCGCUUACCUCGUCCAAGUCCUCCCAGAAAGAAUGGUUCUGGCUGUACUUUCCCUCACCAUCAUUGCCGGCUUUUUCAUGGGACAAGGCUGCAUGAUUGCCGCGUCGAGAGUUACUUUUGCUUAUGCCAGAGAUGAUUGUUUCCCCUUCAGCGAUAUCUGGAAACAAGUCAAUUCGCACACCAAAACGCCGGUCAAUGCAGUUUGGUUCAAUACUUGUGUUGGGUGCUUGAUGUUGCUGCUUAUCUUUGGCGGUGCCCUUGCUGCUGGCGCCAUGUUUUCCAUUGGUGCCAUUGCUGCUUUUGUCGCUUUCACCACUCCAAUCUUCAUCAGAGUCUUCUUCGUCGGAAACAGAUUUCGGCCCGGCCCUUGGAAUUUGGGGAAAUUGUCUAUUCCUGUUGGUGUGGUGGCUUCUGCGUUUGUUAUUUUGAUGGUGCCGAUUUUGUGUUUCCCUUCUGUGGUUGGAAGCAACCUGACGGCGGAAACUAUGAAUUGGACGUGUGUAGUUUAUGGGNGGCCAAUGACUAUGGUAAUGAUUUGGUGGGUUGUGAGUGCGAGGAAAUGGUUCAAGGGGCCCAAGGUCAAUGUACAGCAUAUGAUGUUGGGCAGGGAAAUUGAUGGUACUGAUGUAUUGAUUGGAGAGGAUGUUGGUGGGGAAGAUACUGAGAAUAGUGUUGUACCGGUUGAUGGUAAAGCUGCUGAAAUUGUCAAGGUAUAG